ACGCAGUCUUUCCAACUGGUCAUCGAUCGUGGUCGUCCCUCUUCAGCAAAAUUCUACCAACGCAUUCACGAUGUCAACCCCGGCAACUGCAGAUGCUGUGCGCACUGUCGCCACCAACACCAGAAAAUUCUCCUCAGAAAUUUAUAAGGUGGUGGCAGAUCAUCAUAAGAAAAAAAACCUCAUUUGUUCACCUUUGAGUGUCUCCGUAGUGCUGUCAAUGUUGACUUAUGGAGCUCGCGAGAUAACAGAACGCGAAUUAAAGUCAGUCUUGCAUUUUUCUGAGAACGACACUAUAAAUAAAAGUGGAUAUCAAUUACUCAUUGAUGCACUCAACGCGAUCAAAUCAGUUCAACUUAAACUGGCGAAUCGAAUAUUCGUGGGUGAUGAUUUCAAGAUCAAACCCGAAUUUCAACAAAUAACUGAGACGUAUUUUCGAUCUGUGAGUCAGAAUGUCAACUUUAAGAACACUGUAGAAGCCAGCAAGACGAUCAACAAUUGGUGUAAAGAAAAAACUAAUGAUCGCAUCAAAGACGUCGUUCAACCAGGGGGACUGAAUGGAGUCGAGCUCGUCCUCGUCAACGCUGUUUACUUCAAAGGAAAUUGGAAGAAGAAAUUUGAUGCUACGCACACGAAGCCAAGAACCUUUCACAUUGACGAAAAGUCAACCAAGGAAGUGCCGAUGAUGCAAAUAGAAGGAAGUUAUAGACUGAGUGAACUGGCAGAACUCAACGCGAAAUGCAUCGAGCUCCCUUAUGAGAGCAGCGAUGAAACCGACGCCAUGAGCAUGUUUAUUAUUCUUCCCGACAAAAUCGACGGUCUGAGAGCAAUUGAAAAUAAACUUGAUACCACGGACUUGGUAGAGCUGCACAAGAAUGAAUCAUUCUCACGCAAAAUUGACUUGCAGUUACCCAAAUUCAAAAUUGAAAGUACUCUUAACUUGAAUCCUAUUCUUCAAAAAAUGGGAAUGGUAGACAUGUUUGACGCCAGUGCAAACUUCCAAGGAAUGGCGGAUUCUCCCAUAUCUGUUAGUCAAGUAAUUCAAAAGGCAUUCAUAGAAGUCAAUGAGGAAGGCAGCGAAGCUGCGGCUGUUACAGCUGUUAUGAUGGUACGAUGCUGUAUGCCUCUUCCAGCAAUGCCUGUUAUUGUGGAUAGACCAUUUUUCUGUACAAUUGUUGCUACGCACACGGGCACACAACUAUUCUCCGCUCGUGUGGUUGACCCAGCUGUCUAAAUUUUUGAAAUACCCCAGAAAAUGGAGAGACCACGUGUUAAAACACGCGAUUUGCGUUCUUUGUUCUGUGAUCUGUGGUUUCUUUGACUUCGCCUAUAUUUGUCACUGACUUAGCUAGUCAAACAUUAAUUUCGUAAGGUAUAAAGAACAAAAUAUGCUAUUUUUUAAUUUUUUGCAAUUUUAUGCGAUGCAUGACAACAACGAAUAAAUACUUGGAGUUCGACUGUUA